AGAAAAUCUAUAUGCGUUGAAAGAAAUGAAGUCAUGUCUCCUGGAAGUAACCAAAGAGAAAUAUGAAACAUGUAACUUAUUGUACAUGCAAAGUAAAGAAGUUUACGAAAAAGUAAAGGAUUUGGUUAUAAACAAGUUUUUAGUAUUACCCGAAAAUUUAAUGUAUUCCAUCGUGAAAAGUAUGGAUAUAUCGUUAUUGCCAAAGACAUCAACAGCACUGUACAAAGAAAUAGUUACCUUCGAUUAUAAAUGUAUCAUUAAACGUAUAUGGGAACAAUUCAUUGAGGAUUUCAAACAUCAAACCAAUCAGGAUGUUAAGCAGAUGACAAAUGAAAAUAUAAGUAAAAACGAUGACCAACAAGAUCAUUUGGAAAAUCACAACGAAAAUGUACAAGAUGAUAAUGUUCACCGUAUAAAUAAUGAUUUAUCUAAUCCAUUUAAUGAUCAAAUUCAAAUAUGGGAAAAUUGUAACGAUUUAUUUGGUUAACAAAAUAAAAAAAUAUUAUUAACAAUAAUUGUAAACAAUUUUGAAAUGAUAUAAUUGUAUUGUAAAACAUUUUUUAAUUAAAAUAAAAAUUAUUAUAUAUACUAACUGUUUGAUAAUUGAUUAAAAAAAUUUUCUAUCAAAAUAAUAUAU